GGGGAGGGGGGACACGACAGCGUGUCAGCGGCGCUGGAGACUGUGCCGGUGACCUCAGCUGAAGCUCCGGCUCCGACCAUGGCUCCGGCUCCGGCUCCGGCUCCGGCUCCGGCUCCGGCUCCGGCUCCGGAGGGGUCUCCGAAGAAGCGCGGUGGCCGUCCUCCGAAGAAGUCGGAGAGGCCAGGACAGAGGGAGGGGGCGGACGGCGCCUCGACGCCAGCGCCGGCCGUUGACGGCGGCUCGCUGGGCGUGACGGUGGAGCGGGCGCUCAAACACCCCGAGUGGGGCCGCUUUGUUCAGCGCACUGCCAAGGUGGUGUCCGUGCUGGAGAAGAAGCACCCGCGCUGCGCGGUCGGCGAGCUGCGCCAGUUUCCGGACGGCAGUCGGCACCAGGCGCUGUUCGCGCCGCGCGACCACCGCGUGCCGCGCCUCAAGGUGGCCGCCGCCGACUGCCCGGCCGACUUCUUCCAGCAGCCGCAGCUGUACGCGCGCACCCUCUUCAUGGCCCAGAUCACCGAGUGGACCGACCCCGGCUACGCCAAGGGGCGACUGUCGCGUCAGCUGGGCGAGACGGGCAGCGUGGACGUGGAGAUGGAGGCUAUCCUGCUGGAGCACGGGGUGGACACGCGCGAGUUCGGGCCGCAGGACCUGGAGGGCCUGCCGACGGCGCCCUGGACCAUCCCGGCCGAGGAGGUGGCCCGGCGUCGCGACCUUAGGGCCGAGUGCGUCUUCACCAUCGACCCGCUGACGGCGCGUGACCUGGACGACGCCGUCUCGUGCCGCCGGCUCGACUCGGGCCAGUUCGAGGUGGGCGUGCACAUCGCCGACGUCAGCUACUUUCUGCGCCAGGGCGUGCCGGCCGACCUGACGGCCGCCGAGCGCUGCAACUCGGUCUACCUCGUUCACAAGGUGAUCCCGAUGUUGCCGAGGCUGCUCUGCGAGGACUUGUGUUCGCUGAACCCGGCGCAGGACCGGCUGGCCUUCUCCGCCAUGUGGACGCUGGACAGCGAGGGCCGCGUCUUCGACGAGUGGUUCGGCAGGACCGUCAUCCGCUCGUGCACCAAGAUGGCGUACGAGCACGCGCAGAGGAUCAUCGACGAGCCGGAGCGGCCGCCGGCGGCCGAGGAGCUGCCGCCGAUCGACGGCCGCUGGACGGCCGAGGACGUGCGGCACCGCGUGCUCACGCUCCACCGCAUGGCCCAGUGCAUGCGCCAGCGUCGCGUCGACGAUGGCGCCCUGCGACUGGACCAGCCCAAGUUGUGCUUCGCGCUGGACGGUCCCAACGGCGCGCCCACCGGCUUCUACACGUACCACCAGCAGGAGAGCAACCGUCUGAUCGAGGAGUUCAUGCUGCUGGCCAACAUGGCGGUGGCGCGGCGCGUGCUCCGCUCGUUCCCGUCGCUGGCCGUGCUGCGCCGCCACGCGCCGCCGCAAGAGGGCCCGCUGGCGGACGCCGCUCGCCUCCUCCGCAGCAUGGGGCUCGAGAUGGACGUGGCGUCGAGCGGCUCCGUGCACGACUCGCUGCAGGCAAUGGCCGCCAGGUGGCAGCAGGAGCUGACCCCGGACGAGGCACGAUCCCGCAUGGCCGUCGUCGUCAACCUGCUCAGCAAGCCGAUGAACGUGAGCCGCGCGAGUACUUCUGUUCGGGGUGUGCUGACGCAGCCGGAGCAGUACCGGCACUACGCGCUGAGCGUGCCGCUCUACACGCACUUCACGUCGCCGAUCCGCCGCUACCCGGACGUGCUCGUGCACCGGCUGCUGGCCGCCGCGCUGCAGUACGACCGGCCGGCGCCGCUGCCGCCGCCGCUGGUGCAGAGGAUCUGCGUGCGCUGUAACGAGCGCAAGCUGUCUGCCCGGCUGUGUUCGGAGGCGUGCUCUCUGCUGUUCCUGGCGCACAUGGUGGACCUGUGCGGCCCUAUCCGCCAGCAGGCCGUCGUCAUGGCCGUGCUCGACAAGAGCUUCGACGUGUUCAUCACCGAGAUGGCCGUCUCACGGCGCGUCUACAUCGACAAGCUGGACGUGGAGUCUCUGGAGUUCACGAAGGCGGGCGGCGUGCCACGGCUGCGCCUGGUCUGGCGCGCUACCGACACCGAGCCGGCCUGCAGUCAGCUGAUUGAGCUGUUCUCGCGCGUGCACGUCACCCUGGAGCGGACGGACAUGCCGCUGAAGUUCAGCACGGUGGCGCUGCGGCCCGGAGCGGAGCUGGAGCCGGAGCCGGAGCCGGAGGCGUGAGAUUCAGCGCCGUCUCGCUGAGAUCUGGGGCGGACCUGGCGCUGUGGUGGUGCUCAGUGCCGUGCUGGAGGAGGCCCAGGCUCAGUACCGCGCCACCGUGAUUGCCGAUGGAGGUGGAGCUGGAGGCGGUAGCCUGGCGCGAACUUCAGCACCGUGGUGUGGCUGGACGAGGCUCAGGCUCAGCAGGAUGGUGUCGAAGCCGGGGGCGGAGCUGGCGCUGGGGGGCGG